AUGCCUUUCAACUGCUGGUGUCUCACUUGUAAAAAUCCUAUCGGUAUGGGUGUCAGAUAUAAUGCAGAAAAGAAAAAAGUAGGGAUGUAUCACUCAACCCCUAUCUACCAAUUCUCUAUGCCUUGCCAUCUCUGUGCUGGUAGAAUUGUAAUGCAGACGGAUCCAAAAAACUUCCAAUAUGUUAUUCUGGAAGGUGCUAGGCGUAAAGUACAAAAGUGGGACUCAGAAGAAAAUGAACAAGUCCUUAUUGCAGAUCACUCUGAAAAGAAGCAGCUCGCUACUGAUGCCAUGUAUCAUUUGGAGCACAAUGUAACUGACAAGAGGAAAGCAAGUGAGAUCAUACCAGCAAUUCAAGAAGUCCAGAUUGAUCGUUUGAGACACGAAGAUGACUUUACUUUGAAUCAAAUUGCUCGUAAAAAGUUUCGUGAAGCCAAAAAGCAAUCUGAGGAAAAAUUGGUCAGAGAUAACUCUCUCUUAAACCGCUUGUCACUAACUGGGUCUCACGUUGAACUUCUUCCUGAAACUGAGGACGACUCAACUAUGGCAAAAGUUAUGUUCCUUACACAUUCGAAACGUAAUAUAACCGCAAAUCCUUUGAAUUCUACGUCUCUCAUUCGUAAUAGAAACUCACAUGUGCCAGCUUCUAAAGCCAAAAGUGCAUCGAAAGCUGAUAACAUCAAAAACUGCAUCGCUUGUAUGACAGAUUCAAAUAUUUUGAAGCGUGUUUGGGAGGGUAAGGUUCCAGCUUGCUUUACGUUGGCACAAGAGGAUUUGGCGCAUGAAGAUCAUGCUCCUCCGCCUAUAUAUAUGUUCCUUCCUCGUGUUUCUUAUUUUCCAUUGGUUACUGAAAAAGUUAUAAGACAAUUCAGUCAGUUUUCUGAAUGUGCACUCAAGACUGCAUCCAAAGAUAUGACCUCUGAGACACGGGGCAAAUUAGAACAUGAAAUGCAAUAUACUCAAUCCGAUCAGAUUGAUACUUUCAAACAGCAUCCUUUAAUACACGAAUUUUGGCUUGAAUAUGCUCAUCAACCCUUGAAAUGGCACUAUCCGAUCGGACUUGUAUUUGAUAUGUGUGCAGAUACAGUGGACAUUCCAUGGAAGAUAACAGUUCAUUUUAGUAAUUAUCCAACUGACUUGCUUUUAUCCCCACCGGUAAGUCGACUAGCUGUUGAAGCACAUUUCCUGUCGAUGAUUAAAGAAGCCGAUGCUUUAAAGCAUCGUAGCUACGUUAUCAAUCAAAUGCAAGCUAGAGAUCAUCGGCAAUUAUGGAAUGGCUUACUACACUUUCGAUAUGACCAAUUUUGGUCGAUCAAUAGCAAAUUAAUGGAGCCUCUUCCACAAAAUACCAAGGAUCUUCCUUUAGAGGAAAUGUCUGCCCCUGGAAUUCCAGAAAAUAAACCAUUGUCUUCAAGUCUCAAUAACAUGUCAUCUUCAAAGUGUAGAACUUUUCGUUACAUUCCAUGUCGUCUUUAUUGUGUUUCUGAGAAUUCAAGUUCCACACCAUCUGGUUUCAUUCAAAAACUUAUUCGUCCUUUAAAUGAUGACGGUUCGCUUACUUCACUUCAAGAUGCUAUCGAAAUUCUUUUGCAUACAAAUAAAAAUCCACUUGUACAAAAUACCAAACCAAAAGAUCGAGGUCAAAACGUCUCUAUUGAAUAGAAAAUGUGAUUAUACUCUCGAAAUUAUGUUCUUCGAAUGUUAUUAAGGAUGAGUUACGAAAAUGUCGAUAAUUCGAGUAAAGCAUGUACUUCAUUAAUUACAUCCUUUUCUUAUUUAAAUGAUUAAAAAAUACACAGGAAAUGAAAGCGUACUUUAAAAAUAUACGUUACUUUUCCUUCAAAGCACUUUCGUGCUUUAUGAUCCCAUUUAUCCAACGUGAUUCAAAUAAGCUUCGUCUAUACAACUGAUUGAUGUACCUACAUUUGUAAAUCAUGUUUGUCUUGUCCAAUAUGGUCUGAUUCUUUUGAUUUGUAAUUUUGAAGUAACUAUGUUGUACCAUUUUUGUCCUUCAGGGUAUCUGUUUUUCAUCCAUGGUAUCACAUUACCCCACGAAACACCGAUGCAAUGGAUCAGCGAACACUUAUCCUAUCCUGACAAUUUUGUGCAUGUUGUUGCACGUCCUCAAAGCCAUUCUCAUCGAAUUAAAAUUCAUAAUCCUUCAUACAUGUAAAUUUUUCCUAACAUUACGGUAUAUUGUCUUUCAAGUUCUUUGAAUUUAAAUUUUCCAGUCCCAACAAUAUAUGUUACAGGGUCGAUAACUUUGGUAUCUUUAUACGAUUAUGAUGAUAAUAAAUUCUUACCUAAUC